UCCAAGGCCCUCUCUCUCUCUCUCUCCUUUUCAACUUUUUCAGUUACUUUACUCUUUUUUACCCCUUCGUUUCUUUGAUUCUCAUCAUACAUACAACGAGAUUCACACACACGCAUACAUAAAUACAUAUACAUAUAUUCUUGUGGAGGUUCAUUCAUGCAUUACAAUCACAGAGACGAAACAAUCUGAAUCAGGGUCGUCGUCUGUUCGUGUUGUUUGAUUUGAUCAAGACGAUCAUUUCUGGGCAUCCCUGUUUUCGUGUAGGCCGUUUGGUUAACGAGGAAAUCUGGGUUUCUUCUUUUCUUGGUGGAUAUGGCGAUACAGGCGGAGCUGAAUUACGAUUCUCGGAAUGCCAGUAAUAUUGGGUUUCCGUUGACCGGAGGUGGGUCGGAGUUUUCAUCGAUCAACAACGUCCGAUUCGAUCAGUCAUUCAUCAAUCUCCAGUCUGAGAAGAACAUGAAUCAGCAAGCCCUGUUUCAUCAACAGUGUCAAUCUCAGAGCUUUUUCGCUGCCCACGUGGAGAAACAGAGGCAAGAGGUCGAUCAGUUCAUAAGAUCGCAGAACGAGAGAUUGAGGGUUGUGUUGCAAGAACAGAGGAAGCAACAGAUAGAGAUGAUCGUGAGGAAGAUGGAAGCGAAAGCCUGGGUUUUGAUGGCUCAGAAAGACGAAGAGAUCGCCAGAGCUUCGACCAAGAAAAUGGAGCUGGAAGCUCUGUUGAGGAAGAUGGAGAUGGAGAAUCAGACUUGGCAGAGAAUGGCGCGCGAGAACGAAGUCAUGGUCGCGACGCUCAACAACACGCUCGAGCAGGUCCGGGAGAGGGCCUCCUGUUUCCCGGCGGCGGAGGACGAAGGAUCUUGCUGCGGUGGAGGAGAGAGUUUCCCGGCGGCGGAGGCGAGGGCUUGUUUGGACGGCGAGAAAAUGGUGAUGAGCUGCAGGAAUUGCGGGUGUAGUGGGGAAACGUGCGUUCUGUUUCUGCCGUGUAGGCAUCUCUGUUGCUGCACGAACUGCGAAGCGAGUCUCGAUCUUUGUCCCGUUUGUAAAACCCCUAAGAAAGCUACAAUCGAGGCCUUGAUUUUCUAGGGAAAAUUUCCUGAAAACCCUUCUAGUUUUCCCGAGAAAAUUUUCUGCUCCCGCUCCCCAGUUUACCCUGUUUUUUUCCGGCGAAAGAACGAGAUGGGUCUAUCUGGCGAGGCCGUAACUUUCCCGGAGAGAAUCCAAGGCUGUAGAUUUCAGAACGACCAACGAUUCCCCCGGGAAAUUCUGUUGUAAUUUUCCGGGAAAAUUUCUAAGGAGUAGGAAAACAAGUAGCAGUAUUAUUAGAACAUCUGUUAAUUUGAGACUUGAAAGAGUAAUCCUCGUAGGUUUUUCUUUGUUCCAUUAUUUUUUUAAAUUUUUUACUUUUUUACUUUAGUAAAGAUCAAAAUCAAGCCAAUCGAUUUGAACAGAGGAUAUUUUCCUCCCAACGGUUCUAAUUUUGGAUCAUACAGUAUAUAUUUUCAUAACAA